GAUUUUGACGCGUUGAGGUGAGUGAAUAAAAAUAUUAAAUUAUCUUUUAGCAUCUAAAUAUUAUUUAGUUUUAAAUUAUUUAUUAUUUGAUUUUUGUAAAUCAAAAACCAUUUUGUCAAAAUGAAACAAAUAGUCAUUAAUCAAACCGUAAAGAUCCCAAAGGAUCUUACAGUAUCAGUUAAAUCCCGUGUGGUCAAAGUAAAAGGGCCAAGAGGAGUAUUAAAACGAUCCUUCAAACAUUUGGCAUUAGAUAUUCGUAUGAUUAAUCCAAGAUUAUUGAAAGUAGAAAAAUGGUUUGGAACUAAAAAAGAAUUAGCUGCAGUACGAACAGUAUGCUCACAUAUUGAAAAUAUGUUAAAAGGUGUAACAAAAGGCUACCAAUACAAAAUGCGUGCCGUAUAUGCCCAUUUCCCCAUUAAUUGUGUUAUGACAGAAAAUAAUUCUGUGAUUGAAAUCAGAAAUUUCUUGGGUGAAAAAUAUAUUCGACGAGUAAAAAUGGCACCUGGAGUUACAGUAACUAACUCACAAAAACAAAAGGAUGAAUUAAUUAUUGAAGGUAAUUCAUUGGAAGACGUUUCAAGAUCCGCUGCUUUAAUCCAACAGUCUACCACAGUUAAGAAUAAGGAUAUCAGAAAGUUUUUGGAUGGUCUUUAUGUAUCUGAAAAAACUACAAUUGUACAAGCUGAAUAAAUUAAUAUGUUAUAUUGAUAGUUUUUUCA